AGAGAGAGAGAGAGAGAGAGACAGACAGACAGACAGUGUAUCCUCAGUGAUCCUAUUUGGAUCCCCACUGCUAAAAUCCCACCUCCCCCCUGGCUCAGUACACUCAUCUGACCCACCCAUCCCCCCUCACUCACUCACCCACCCAUGCCACAUGAGGCCCUGCAGUGUGACUCAGUGAACAAACCCACACAAGUCUGAGAGUAUGUGCCAGGCUUUCCUCAGCUGUACACCUCACUUUUCCAGCACAAGGAAGGGAGACCCAGAGGGUUUGUGGUACUGCUGCAGUGCAGCAGUUUUAGGGCUCUCAGUCAGCAAGCACAUCCCCACAAUGGCGAAUUCCCUGAAGGCAAAUGUGCCUCCAACCGUGAGAGUGACAGCUGAGGAGGAGAUAGCUGGGGAGAUCGGAGAGCAGACAGGAGGUAAAGUGAUUGAUGACACUGUGGAAGAGCCUACAGAGGAGGAGGAGCAUGAAGAGGAAAGAAAGGCAAGGGCUGCUGCAGAGGAGGCAACAUCCAGAGACAGGGCAGCUCAGAGGCAGUUCAUGGUCAUUGAGGAGAUGGUGCAAACAGAACGAAACUACCUUAAACAUCUUCAGCUCUGCACGGUCACCAUCCACAACAACCUGCAGAAACUACAGCCGCCUCCCCCAAACCUGGACAAUAUGUUCCAGCACAUAGAUGAAGUCAUGGAUGUUUCCAGCAGACUGCUGAGCCUUUUUGACCAGUCACAGAUAUUACACAUCAAUCCAAAAUACCUAGAAACUAUCUGUGACUCUUUCCUGAGUCUGUCUCAAGACAUAGAGAUGGCUUACAAGGAGUACCUGGCCAACUACAAUAACAUCACCGCUCUUGAGAACAGCUACAAACAGAAAGAGACCCUCUGGCUUGAGAUGGUUAAAAUCAUUAAGUCAUCUGCUCCUGAUGUGAAUGCAUCCACUCUGAGUUUCUUCCUGGUUAUGCCGGUUCAGAGAAUCGCCCGUUACCCCCUUCUGCUCCAGACGAUCCAGAAAUAUACAGACCCACAGCACCCUGCCUACUCCUUACUGGAGCACACCGCGCACACUGCGGUGCAGAUCAACUGUAGGAUCAAUGAAUACAAACGCUUCCGUGAAGUCGCUGACAAGUAUAAGAAGACCGAGAACCUGACCAUCAAGGACAAGAUAAAUCGUCUGAGUGGCCACAGCAUUGCCAAGAAGACUGCUCGGCUAAGCCAGUACAUAAAGCACGAGACAGGAAUGUUACCAAAGCUGAAGGAUGAAGAAUUUGACACCCUUGUCGGCUUCUUCUUUGUGCUUGAGAGAGGCAUCUCAGAGCUCCAUGAUAACAUGAAGGCCUAUCUCCACCAUUUACAGAGAUUCCUCAGCUGCAGACCAGAAGAAGCUGAUCUUGAUCUGGAAGGCGAGAAAGCUGCUCUGUUCUCUAAAGAAAUCACAGUGGCACUCAGACAGUGGAUAUAUCCUACAUAUGAGAAGCGUUUGAAAACUUUGGUCUUUAUGCCCUUGAGCUCAUUGCGGGAGCUGAUGGCAGGACCACGAAACCUAAUUCGCAAGCGUCAGGACAAGUUACUAGACUAUGAGUUGAUUGAAGAGAAGAGCAACCUGAGCUUCGAGGAACAAGCCAUAGCCAACACCUACAAGACCAUGAACACAUUGCUGUUGACUGAGCUGCCGCAGUUCAAUGGGAAAGCCUUGCAGCUCCUGUGGGCUACACUAGAGGCCUUCAGCUGUCUGCAGAGAGACCUGGCGGCUGAUAUGGAACAGCUGGCUACCAGCUUUACACAUCAGCUCCCACACAGUAAUUUGGAAGCUGGUGAGUUUUGGAAGUGGGCGGAGUGUUCAGUGCUGGAAGGUUCGAGGAGGAUGGAUAGUCUGUGUCGGAGUGCUCAAGAUGAUCUCAAUGCUCCCAUUGUGCAGGCACUCAGUCCAGGGUCUGAACAGCGUCUGAAGACUCUGACUGCCAAGCACGGCUCAGAGAAGAUCUACCAGCUGACAGGCCCAGUGGUGGGCACUCGUGACCUGGACCUGACCCUCAGCAAGGGAGAGCUGGUAGCUGUCGUCAGUGAGAUGGACACGCGUGGAGACCGUCGCCGCUGGCUGGUGGAUGCAGGAGGACCCAGAGGAUAUGUGCCUGCCUCAAAGCUGACUCGCUACCACCAGGUGACUGUAGACCUGCCUCCAUCUCCUCGUCUAAAUGUCACACCCACCGGUCCAGGACCCCGAAGACACUCCUAUACACCCGGAGCCCCGCCGCUCUUAAACAUCAUGACCAAACCCUGUUUUCAGCAGCGGUUUCUUACACAACUUACAAAUUACGUUGGUUUUGUCAACAAUCUCGCCUUCGAUACUCCAGAAACCGAAGAAGCGCCACACAGCACUAUUAAGAUGUUUUAUGUGAGUAAGAUCCUCUCCGACUGCGAGUCCUCACUGUAUUUUCCAGCCAUUUUUGAAAUUAUCAACGCAGCCGUGCCGCAUAUAAUGGGUUGA